GCUCCCGGCGGAAUUAAAAUGCAGCUGACCGCCUACUUCUUCUGGGGCUGCGGCGUCUUCCUAGCUUCGGGAUACAACUCCUUCAGUAAGAGCAUGGAGGCGAUAGGCAAGAAGCAGUACCAGGUCCAGCACGGGGCGUGCAGCUACACCUUCCUCCUGCCCGAGACCGAGAACUGCCGCCCCGCCGCCUCCUUCGUGUCCAACGCGGUGCAGAGGGAUGCGCCCCUGGACUACGACGACUCGGUUCAGAGGCUGCAGCUGCUCGAGAACAUCAUGGAGAACAACACUCAGUGGCUGAUGAAGCUUGAGAAUUACAUCCAAGACAGUAUGAAGAAAGAAAUGGUAGAGAUCCAGCAAACUGCAGUGCAGAACCAGACUGCAGUAAUGAUUGAAAUAGGCACAAACUUACUAAAUCAAACAGCUGAACAGACCCGCAAAUUAACAGAUGUUGAAGCACAAGUAUUAAACCAGACAACCAGACUUGAACUUCAGCUUUUGGAACACUCUCUUUCAACAAACAAACUAGAAAGACAGAUUUCAGAUCAGACCAAUGAGAUAACUAAAUUACAAGAAAAAAACAGCUUUCUAGAAAAAAGAGUUCUUGAGAUGGAAGACAAGCACACACUUCAGCUGAAGUCAAUAAAAGAUGAAAAAGAUCAGCUUCAAGUCCUAGUAGCCAGACAGAAUUCUAUUAUAGAAGAACUAGAAAAACAGUUAGUUACAGCUACAGUGAACAACUCAGUUCUGCAAAAACAGCAACAUGACCUGAUGGAGACUGUUCAUAACUUGCUUACUAUGAUAUCUACACCAAACUCAGCGAAGAACAACUUCAUAGCUAAAGAGGAGCAAAUCAGCUUCAAAGACUGUGCUGAAGCUUUCAAAUCUGGACUGACAACAAGUGGAAUCUACACUUUAACAGUUCCAAACACUGUACAAGAAAAGAAGGCCUACUGUGACAUGGAAACUGGUGGAGGAGGUUGGACAGUUAUUCAGAGACGUGAAGAUGGCAGUGUGGACUUCCACCGGACAUGGAGAGAGUACAAGAUGGGAUUUGGUGAUCCUGCUGGGGAGUACUGGCUGGGAAAUGAGUUUGUCUCUCAACUGACUAAUCAGAAGCGUUACGUUCUUAAGAUACAACUGAAAGACUGGGAAGGAAAUGAAGCAUAUUCAUUGUAUGACCACUUCUCUCUAGCAAGUGAAGAACUAAAAUACAGGAUCUACCUUAAAGGACUUACUGGGACAGCGGGCAAAAUAAGUAGUAUAAGCCAACCAGGAAAUGAUUUUAGCACAAAGGAUGCAGACAAUGACAAAUGUAUUUGCAAAUGUUCACAAAUGCUAACAGGAGGAUGGUGGUUUGAUGCAUGUGGUCCUUCUAACCUCAACGGAAUGUAUUAUCCAUUACGACAGAACAACAACAAGUUCAAUGGUAUCAAGUGGUACUACUGGAAAGGCUCGGGAUACUCUCUCAAAGCCACAACCAUGAUGAUUCGACCAGCGGAUUUCUAAGUGCUUUUGCAUUAUGUGAAUUAUGUAUUGUAUAGUCUUCAAAGACUUCAUUUGCUGAGCAUAUAAACACACAUCUGCAACUUGUCUCACUUUCAAGCCCAGAAAACAUGCGCUAGUGUUCUGAAGGGAUCAGUUCCGUACAGGUCCUGAAUUGCAAUAGCCUUGAUCACCUAAAGCUCAUAUUAUUCAACCAGACACAAAGUCUAAAGUAUCAACCUGAUAUAACAGUGGUUUGGCCAAACGACUGAAUAAAAAGAACAUAGAAGAAACUGUCAGACAACUUAAGGACUCUGUUUUAGUGAUCAUUUAUGUUAUGUACGUGUUAGUAAAUAACUGGAACUGUGAAAAAUACCUAAAAUAGUUUUAGAAAUAUGCAUUUUGCCUCAUCACUGAACUUUAAACAUUACUCUAAUAUAAAACACUUAACUAGAUCUAGAACUAUUUAUCUGUGUCAUGUUUGCCUUUUAUGUACAUAAAAAAAUACUGUUCUGUAAUUAGCUCAAUACUGUAGUUAAAGAAUACAUUCUUUCCCCCCCAUAGUCUCCUAAACAACUUCUUACUCU